AUUAUCUUGAUAAUGGCAAUAAUAAAAUGGCAAUCCAGCAAGCAGACAAACUGCUAAAAAAACACAAAGAUCUUCACUGUGCUAAGGUUUUGAAAGCAAUUGGUCUGCAGAGAACUGGGAGACAAGAUGAAGCAUUUACUUUGGCACAAGAAGUGGCAGCCCUUGAACCCACGGAUGAUAAUUCGUUGCAGGCGCUGACUAUCCUUUAUCGAGAAAUGCAUCGGCCGGAGCUGGUCACAAAACUCUACGAGGCAGCCGUGAAGAAGGUUCCCAACAGCGAAGAAUAUCACUCGCAUCUGUUCAUGGCUUACGCAAGAGUUGGAGAAUAUAAGAAGAUGCAGCAGGCUGGAAUGGCACUUUAUAAGAUUGUCCCUAAAAACCCGUACUACUUUUGGUCCGUAAUGAGCUUAAUAAUGCAGUCAAUAUCUGCGCAGGAUGAAAAGCUCUCAAAAACCAUGUUUUUACCCCUAGCUGAAAGGAUGGUAGAAAAAAUGGUGAAAGAAGAUAAAAUUGAAGCUGAAGCAGAAGUUGAACUUUACUACAUGAUUCUAGAACGUUUGGAGAAAUACCAAGAAGCUCUGGACGUUGUCAGAGGAAAAUUAGGAGACAAGUUAACCAGCGCGCUCCAGAGCAGAGAAAAUAAGUGCAUGGAGAUGUACAGAAAACUGGGCAAGUGGCCAGAGUGCAAUGCGCUCUCAAGAAAACUUCUGCUUAAAAACCCAGAUGACUGGCAGUUCUACAUGAUCUACUUUGAUUCCCUCUUUCAAUUGAUCGGCAUGGCCUGGACGCCUCCAGCUGAAGGGGAGCAUUCUCUGGAAGGAGAGGUGCAUCACAGCGUAGAGCAAGCUGUCGCUUUCAUCGAGCAGAGGUUAAUUCAAGAGUCCAACAGCGCCCGCCCGCUUCGGGGACCAUACCUUGCCCAGCUGGAGCUGAUCAGCCGCCUGCGGCACAGAGGCUACAGCGAAGAACACAGAUUGGGCAAUCCCGAAGAACUCAUGUUCCAGUAUUUCAAGAUGUUUGGGGAUAAACCUUGCUGCUUUACUGACCUCAAGGUGUUUGUAGACCUCCUUCCAUCAGCGCAAUACACAAAGUUCAUCAACCAGUUGUUGGGGGUCAUCCCCCUUUCAGCCCCACCAGAAGGCAGACUUGCACUACCAGCUAGUAUCAAAGCUUUACAGCAGCACUUGUGUGUUAUGCAGCUGACACGGUUGCUUGGUCUCUUCCACACCAUGGACACCGCUCAAAAGCUAGCAGCAGUCCAGGACCUGAUGUUGCGUUAUCGGCACGGGCUGGAUUUUGGAAAAUCGUGUUUGAAAACAGAGUUACAGUUUUCAGAUUACUACUGUCUGCUUGCUGUUCAUUUGCUCCUUGACAUCUGGCUAGAGGCAGGAGACGAACCAGCCGUCUGGCAGUGCUUGACCCUGCUAGAAGAAGGGUUGGCAUCCAGCCCGUCCAACGCCCAGUUCAAGCUGCUGCUCAUCCGCGUCUACUGCAUGCUGGGGGCCUUUGAGCCAGUGGUGGAGCUGUAUUCCAGCCUCGAUGCCAAGCACAUACAGCACGACACCAUUGGAUACCUGCUGACCCGCUACGCCACGGCUUACGGACAUUAUGCUGCUGCAUCCCAGUCCUGCAACUUUGCACUCAGGUUUUUCCACUCCAACCAGAAAGAUACCUCAGAAUACAUCAUUCAGGCCUAUAAAUAUGGUGCAUUUGAGAAGAUCCCAGAAUUCAUCGCUUUCAGGAACAGACUAAACUCCUCACUUCAUUUUGCACAAGUCCGCACAGAACGGAUGUUGCUGGACCUUCUACUGGAAGCAAAUAUAUCAACAAGUUUGGAAGAAAGUAUUAAGUCCAUGAGCCUCAGUCCAGAAGAGGAUGACAUUUCCUGGAAUGACCUGCGAGAUAAUAGAGACCUCACCGUCUUAUUUAAUUGGGACCCGAAAGACAAGAGUAUUUCUGAAGAGCACAGAAAGCUCUCCUUGAAGGAAGAGACCAUCUGGUUACAGAUCCGGUCCCUGACAUUGCGGCUGAUAAGCGGGCUGCCAGCUCUUGGCCACAGCAGCCAGCCAAAGAACUGGGGGAAAAACAGCGAGAAUGGGGUCUCCCCCGAGAUAGACACAAUACGGUCUCUCCUGCGGCAGCUGGAUGACGCAGUGGGAUCUGGGAGGUGGUUUCUAGAGCAGAACAUUCAGUAUCCGGUCCUCGGUCCCCCUUCUUCACGAAUGGCCAGCUUCUUUGACAGCGGGAGCUGUCAGUCCCAGACCAGCUUGUUUUACCUUGUUAGUGAAAUUUAUGAACUAGAUACCAAUGGUUUAGAAGAUUCAACAGCAAUUCAAGAGCGAAUAGGGAAUUGUUUGAAAUCAUUACUGGAGCAACUAACAGAUCAGGUCAAUAAAUGCAAAGGUGAUUUGUUGGAAGUCAGCGAGGGUAGCUUCAAAACCCAUCCGAACGUUUUAGAAAAUCUUGUUUUCUUUGUGGAGACCAUCUCCAUCGUCUCGUGGGUCUGCAGUUACUCAGACGCUGUCCUCCGGCCCUGGAAAUCAAGCUUGCAGAAGAAGAAGAAGAAGAAGAAAGAAAGCACUGCAGCAAUGCCACCUGUGUUCACCAGCUUCCAAGAUUACAUUUCUGGACUCCAGACACUCACUUCCAAUGUGAUAGAUCAUAUCAAAGGGCUUGAAAUUAAUUUAACUGCACUUAAACUUGAAGAGCUGUACAUAGACGAUAAUUUACUCUUGCAGGAAGAAAAGAAGUUUACAAAGACUGCGCUAGGGAAAGUCCAGAAUAGUUACCAACAUGCGGUUCAAGAAAUUGGAGAUCUGCUGAAAAAGAGACUUGAGACCAUAAAAAAUCUAAAGGUUUGAUGAAAUGCCUCCUUGUGGAAAAGGCCAGGAUUGAAGCGUUGGCAUCAAAUAAGCAACAUCUACCAUCCCUUCUGUGUUAAAAUCUGGAACUUCCUCAUAAAUGCAUGAAGGACUUUGAUCACAAACAUUUUUUUUAUGUAUUAAAAAGAUAUAUUCAAGCUGAUUAAAUUAUUGUACAUUAAAAAAUGGAAACAGGGACCCUCCUCGGUCAGGGUUAGACCACUUUUUAUACACGUUCAUAGGCAGAUUGCGACAGAUUCUAGAUCCCCUAACCCAUUUCACUUCCCUUUGCUGGGGUGAGGGGCCUUCUCCAGAAAUGGUUGGGGGUCUUGAAGUCUUUAGAAGCAGCAAUAGAAAUCCAGUGUAAAGCAUAUUUCAAAGGAAUUUGUACUUCCCCCCCAUUACAAGGCAGCAUUUAUAGUUCGUGUGCAAGUUGCUUGCCACAGGGAAGCAGAAGGCAGGCCUGAGGUCAACUGUGGACACUCUUGGAGCAUCUCUUAGGCCAUCCUGCUUCUGCCACAGCCAAGUAAGUCUGCAUGCCUGUUGAACCACCUGGUCUACAGCAGGGUCAUUUAUUCUCCUUAAAGGUUUGUUUAUUUGUGCAACUUCCCUUACAGCAGUUAGAACAGGUUGGAAGGAGGACCAGCGUGAGUUACACCUUCAGACCUUUUUUUCCAUACCCUAUAAGGAAAAAGUAUCAGAGAAAGGUGCUACCAGUUAAAGCCUACUCAAAGAGAAAUUGUUUCCAAGAAAAUGUAAAAAUCUGUAGAAAUCAGGUAAAAGAUGGAAAGGGUGUAUCAGUGGAAUUGGUAGCAAAAAUUCAAGAGAGCUACUGUUAUUUUAAAGAAAAUUGUCUGCAGUCUAAAGCUGUGCUGUGGUGCCUUGAUGUUUCUUCCACUUUUAGAGUUGUAUGUCAGGACAGGAUGGCUAAGUUGAGUUGAACCGCUGUUUUUCAUAUUUCUCUAAUUUCAAAUAGCUCCUGAAUACCAUGUGGAAUAUGUAUAAGGUGGAUUUUGGAUGGGACUCAAGAAUGGAGAAUAAGGAGCUCCAGCCACGUUCAGAUCCUAUCCGCUCUUCCCAUCCUUUUUGCGUUUGGCACAGAGUUUGAGCAAGAUUCCCAAAAUCCCUGUUGGGUUGUUGAAUAUUUCAAGUGCUCAGCGUUUUGGAGUUCAGAGCUGUUGGAUGAAAAAACGGUUACACUGCUGUGUAACCAAACUCAGUUGCCGGCAACAAGGUGGUCUUUCGUUUUGCACAUUCUUAGCAUGUUUAACUGUUUUGUGAUAACCUUAAGCUUGUGUAUUCUGAGUCACUUGAGAGAAUUAAUGGUUACCACUCUUUUUUUUUUUUUAAAUCAGUGGGUACUAAAAGCCAUGGGAUGUGUUCCCAUUUUUUUCUAAGCAACUGUAUUGUCAGAUAGAAAUGAACCUCAUGAACGUAGAGGUCGUGCCAAGGAAGAUAACCAGGUGCCCUCAGAGUCAGGUAAGCGAAGGUAACCCCGACUGUAAGGAGUUACUUUUUCAUUGGCCAGGAUCUAGACUUUGGAGCAAUGGCUUUGAUGCAGCAGAAGGGGGGUGCUGUUUCAGCAGUUCGGCCCGAUUUAUUGCUGUCCCACCCAGCUAGCCUGGCCAGCAUGUUCAUGGACUCUCCACGGCUUGUCUUCUCCUUGCCUGCUCUCACGUGCCCCAGGAGAGCUUCGAGGCAGCCGGGACCUACCGCGUGAGGAACAAGAUGCGGGAAAGCAGUUCAGUUCAACCCAUUGCUACAAAGAGGCACCACAGUGGCCGAUGUAUCUGGAGGCGACCUUCGUGCAAAAACAUUACUCCCGUAGGGUAUGUUAUUUAGUUUGACAGUCGGAGAAGAAGAAAGGCAGAGUAUUGAAAUGUAGAUUUUUUUCCCCAGCAAAAUGAUUUCUAGAAAGAUGUUUUGGGGCUUCUGUUGAGAAGUACCUUAAAGAGAAAGAUUUUUAAAGUGUGGUUUAAGCAGGGAUCAGAUCUGUUCCACUGUCAGUUCCGAAUAUACUGUUUUUCUGGUAGAUCACUUGAUCCCAAAUGCCUGUUUUUGGAAUACAACGGCGGUUAUAGCCUUCCAAAACUCCUGUCGUCAGAGCUCUUAAUGAUGCUUGGAUUCUUAAGGUGCUUUCAGCAAUCAGCUCCUCCCCAAAACCAAUGCUUUUUUAAAUCUUUUUUUUUUUAAUCCGAAAACUACUCUUGGAAUAUUGACAGAUAAUGCCACCCUCUAAAGAAUGAGUAUCCUUCCCUUUUGAAAUAAUUUUUUUGAAACAGCAUUUUCAAAGUUUUCAUUAUUUCAUCAAGUAGAGGGUGCCCUCGUCUCAAGAUUACAAGCAACCUUGUACGCAAGGUAAUUCGUGUUAGAUUCCGCUACGGAGUCUGUUCGAGCGCUCAGCAUCGGUAGGGUUUUCUUCCGUUACGGGGGAGAUGCAGCCCACGCCCCAAAAAAGACAGGUGGGGGGGAUGAAGCUGCUGGAAACAAGUGCUGGCGUUUUCCUUUUCGCGCCAAUGUAUCUCCUUUCUGAAUGUGUGAUGUCAUGCUUUUAUCUGAUGUUUGUGGCGGUGGGUCAGUGUAUUUGCAGGUAUUAAAAAAGAGCUAAAAGAUGGGGAAUAAGCAAGCAGGGCUUUGACUCGGGGCCCUUCUGAAAUGAAAGCCGUUGGGUUAUAUUUCCUGGCGGACGGAGCGUAGGCUGCAAACUCCGUCUCCUUUUGAGGAAGAAGACCGUCCGUGCAGCUCAGUUCCCCUUCCAUCUUGGAUUGGAAGUUGAGGGUUUAUCUGUUUUUACCAUUUUCGUACUGUUUAGAAAUUGCAUUUAUAUUUGAAAUUCUGAUACUGAAUCAUGGGAUUUGGUUUGCCUCUUACUUGAGCUAUAAAAGGAGAGCGGUAUUCGGCUACCUACAAUUCACCUCGGAGCUGCUUUGGUUUGAUUUGCUGUUUUUAAUUUGUGACUCUGGCUGAUCUGUAAAACACCUCAACACCAACAGAAUUUAAAGGAUGGAUAAAACUGCUCACAAUCUGCUUUAAACUGAAUGGGUUUAUAAUUUAUAAA